UUAAAUCGUGAUACCGUAAUACUCCGAAGGUGUACCCUUUUUCUUCAUCAAAUGCUAUUCGUUGAGAAUACUACGAGACACUAGAAUUAGAGAUAAUUGAUGCAACGAUCUAGUUUAUUACUUAAUUCAGAAGAUUUACUACGGUUUAAAAUGUCAAGUCAUGGAGGUGGCCCGGUCACAGUCGAUGUGCCGGUAGUACUAACAAAAAAUUUCAAUUCGCCAGCCUACGUUUCGUGGCGUAAAUUACAACUCAGUAGGGCCAAAUUGAAAGCUUCGAGUAAAACGUCAGCGUUACUGUCUGGUUUCGCGAUGGUCGCCAUGGUAGAAGUGAAUUUGGACCCGAAUGAUAAAGUACCCGGAGAAAUGCUGAUCGCUUUUACCGUCUGCACGACGUUACUCGUAGCUGUACAUAUGUUAGCGUUAAUGAUAAGUACUUGCAUAUUGCCUAAUGUCGAAGCGGUAUGCAGUUUAAAUAAUGUACAUUUUGUUCACGAAUCUCCGCACGAAAGGUUACAUUGGUAUAUAGAAACUGCGUGGGCAUUUUCUACUCUACUCGGAUUAAUUUUAUUCUUAUUUGAAAUAGCUAUCUUAUGUUGGGUGAAAUUUUACGCCAUAUCUCAAGCAGCCGCAUGGUCCGCUUGUAUUGUACUUAUACCAGUGAUUCUUUUAUUUAUCGGAUUCGCGGUGCAUUUUUACGGUACCAUGGUUGCUCAUAAAUACGAAAUUAGCAGAUAUGGUAUCAGAGAACUGGAACUUCUUAAAGAGCAAAUAGAAGCCACUGAUACAAACGGUAGCCACGUUACCAGCACUCCCUUAGAUGUUUACCCUCCCAAUCAAAUUGUUUGAUUAUACUCGAUAGAUAUGAGCGAGCGAUGUUUUCUUCGAACAUAAUGAAUAUCAAAUGGUACUGUUACGUUGUACGAUGAGUAAAAAACAUCACGUUCGAGUGAUAAUGAGUUUUUCGUUUAUGCGCAGAAACGACUGAUGACCUUUUUUUUUUUACGAACUUAACAUUUUGUUUUUUAUGGAUUGUUUUUAAAGCUAUUAUUGUAAUUGUAUAUUUAUUUAUAGCAAACGGUUAUACGUUGUUUUUUUUUUUUUUUUAAAUUAUGAGAUUUUAUUAUUUUAAUACCCUAGAUAAUGCUUUUACAGAAUUUUGUUUCGUUUUCGUCUUUUUUUCCUUUUCCUUGUUCAAAAAUACUCAUAGUGUGUUUUGAUUUUUUAAUUGAAAUUAGGGUACUUAAUAUUUUCUUUCAACGCAUUCGUAGGUUUCUUAAUAAUUUUUCAUCACUUUCAAAAUUAAAAGAUUUAGCAUCGCAUUUGUUUUUGUUUUUGUUUUUUUUUUUUCAAAGAAACUUUGGAUUUUGUUUAGGGUUGAAAUUUUCUCGAUCGUUUUUAUCCUGAAAUUAGUUGUAAAAAUUUGAUAGGUUUUUUAUUUCAAGAACCUACAUGACUGUGCCGGAAAGAAUACAUUUUUUCGUACGUAUAUUUACCUAAUACCUAUGUAAAACUAGUCACAAAUUUUCGUCCUUAUUUUUUAUCAAUUUAUGAUGAGCGAAACUUAAUUUCUAGUUUGGAAAUAUUUCAUUGCACAUCGACUGAAACGGUGCUUUCCUGUACAGGAAGCGAACAUUUUCUGCAAAUGUAAUGAAUAAUGGCUCGAAUUAAUAAAAAUUGAUGUGGAGAAUCAUGUAAUUUGUUUUCUCGUGUGCUUAUAAUGUAAUACAUUUUAUGAUUUUAA